UGCACCCCUUCAUCAUCAUCAUCAACCCAUUUAUACGUCCCACAGCUUCUGAGCACCGGUCUCCUCUUUGGCGAGUGUUUUAAGCCAUACUCCUCCAGGCCCAUUGCGAAUUGGGGGACUUCACUCGUUUUCCAAGGGUUGUGAACAAAUAUGAAUAUUCAUACGCCAGAACAGCAAACCCUACAAGAGACAUGCUAGAAAAAUGUCUGGCGUCACUCGAAGAGGCUAAGCAUGCAUUGACAUUCGCAUCAGGUCUAGGCGCACAGACUGCCAUCCUCUCAAUUCUGUCAAGCGAAGAUCACAUCGUCGCUAGCGUGGAUAUUUAUGGAGGCACCAGGCGAUUGUUUGAAAAUUAUAUUUCUAGAAAAAGUGUUGAAGUAACGUUUGCGGAUUUUGAUCAAUAUGACAACAUAAGCAGAGCAAUUAAGAACAAUACUAAGAUGCUUUGGUUUGAGUCUCCGACUAAUCCCACAUUAAAAAUAUUUGACAUUGAAAAGAUAGCGAAGUUGGCACAUGAUCGUGGAGAAAUAAUUGUUGUGCUUGACAAUACAUUUCUUACUCCAUAUUUUCAACGACCACUUGAACUUGGAGUAGAUAUAUCCAUGUACUCUUUGACGAAAUAUUUGAACGGUCACUCCGAUGUAAUUAUGGGAGCAGCAGUUAUAAACGACAGUGAAUUAAAAAAUAGACUACGAUAUAUUCAAAAUUGCACCGGAAUAAUACCGUCGCCACAUGACUGUUAUUUAGUAAACAGAAGUUUAAAAACACUAGCGAUACGACUGGAACAACAUCAAAGGAACUCAAUAGAAGUGGCGAAGUAUUUGGAGACGCAUGCACGUGUUGUCAGGGUUUUCCAUCCAGGUCUCAAGUCACAUCCAAACCAUGAACUUUUCAAAAAGCAAGCGAGGGGUCACUCUGGAGUAUUGAGCUUCAGCCACUCUGGAGGUAGACACGAAUCAUAUAUUAUUCUAUCAUCAGUGAAGAUCUUCGCAAUGGCCGAAAGUUUGGGAGGAUUUGAAAGUUUAAUAGGACUACCAACCUUGACGUCUCAUGGAUCACUGGAUAAGCAUGUCAAAGAAGCGAUGGGUAUCACUGAAAAUCUAAUCAGGCUUUCAAUCGGCCUCGAAGAUCCAGAAGACCUCAUAGUAGAUCUUGAGGGCGCUUUGAAGAAAGCGUUCCCCGGGUAGUUAUAACGUUAAUACUAAUGUUAAUCUCAAAUAGUUAAAGUAAAACUAAGGUAAAACGACGGCGAUGUAUCAUUUUAAGUUAUUAUUACUUUAGUAUAUUCUUAACUUUCUUUCCUGAGUUUACGUGACGAGGGUGUUCUCUGAAAUCUACCAUUUGCUACACCACUAAUCGAAUUUGUAACAGCAAGUGUAAGUUAAGUGUCACUUAUCAGCAAUAAAAACCG